UAUUGAAAUAUUUGCAAGUAGUUGGGUCGGGUGGAGACUGAAGAAGAUAGGAGGUCUCUUCCAGUUCCAGCUUUCACUUGCCGUGCCGGAAUCCAUGCGUCGCCGCAUUCCUCCAUUCCUCGGUCAAACCACGUGCCCGUUCUACCUCAAUCCAAUCCUUACUCACAUACAUUAUUCUCUUCUUUUUCUCUUCCUCUUCUUCUAUAUAUACACAUAUGAAUGAUGAUGAAUAGUGUAAUUAAAAAACUAAACAUCUUUCUAUUUCUAUCUAGUGCUGCUCUUUACAUUGCUCUCCGUAUUUCGUUGACGGUUAACGCCUCAUUCAAUGCACACUGUCACAUUUGAAUAAUCAACCUUCACUUUCCCAUACCGAUUCCAAGUAUUCAGGUGGUUGCACGAAAUGGCUAAAAUCCGCAUCGCCAUCAUCUUAUUGGGGCUCUGCCUAGUAUGCAAUUCGGCAGGUUUGGCAGAGGCAGAGUACAUGAAGUACAAGGACCCCAAACUGUCAAUCGAUGCAAGGGUCGAGGAUCUUAUUAGCCGGAUGACUCUUGAGGAGAAAAUUGGCCAGAUGUUGCAAGUCGAACGCAAGUAUGUGUCUGCUGAUGACAUCAAGAAGUAUUCUAUUGGGAGUGUCAUGAGCGAGGCAGGGAGUAUUCCAGGUCCAUCUCGAUUGGCUUCUGCGCAAACCUGGAUUGACAUGGUGAAUGAAUUUCAGAAGGGUGCUGUAUCAAGCCGGCUUGGAAUUCCAAUGUUUUAUGGCAUUGAUGCCGUUCAUGGCCACAGCACUGUUUAUAAAGCAACUUUUUUCCCUCACAAUAUUGGCCUUGGAGCUACCAGAGAUCCUGAACUUAUUAAGAGAAUUGGAGCUGCCACUGCCCUUGAAGUUAGAGCAACAGGAAUUCAAUAUGCCUAUGCACCUUGUAUAGCAGUAUGUAGAGAUCCAAGAUGGGGUCGGUGUUACGAAAGCUACGGCGAAGAUCCUGCACUAGUUCAGUCAAUGACUGAAAUAAUACCAGGUUAUUGUUUGGUUCUUACCUUUCGUCUGAAAUUCUUAUAUACUGUGUUGGACAGUGAAAAGGUCAUAGGUUCUGCUAAGCACUAUGUGGGUGAUGGUGGAACAAUCAAUGGGAUUGAUGAGUACAACACUGUCAUAGAUAGAGAGGGCUUGCUGAGAAUUCACAUGCCGGGUUAUUUUGCUGCAAUUAGCAAGGGAGUUGCAACGAUUAUGGUCUCUUACUCCAGUUGGAAUGGAGUAAAAAUGCAUGCUAAUCGUGAACUUAUUACCGGAUUCCUCAAGAAUGCCCUCCAUUUCAAGGGCGUGGUUAUUUCAGAUUUUGAGGGUAUUGAUAGGAUCACCACUCCACCUCAUGCAAAUUUCACAUAUUCAGUUGAAGCUGGAGUUUCUGCUGGCAUUGACAUGUUCAUGGUUCCUCAAUUCUACAAAGAAUUCGUAGAUGAUCUAACCAAAUUGGUGACAAAGAAGUUCAUUCCUAUGAGUCGAAUCGAUGAUGCAGCAAAGAGAAUUUUGUGGGUUAAAUUCAUGAUGGGCCUAUUUGAGAACCCUUUUGCUGAUUACAGUUUGGUUAGAUAUCUGGGAAUACAGGAGCAUAGAGAAUUGGCUAGGGAAGCUGUGAGGAAAUCACUGGUCCUUCUUAAAAAUGGCGAAUCUGUUGAGAAGCCUCUAUUGCCUCUUCGUCGGAAGGCUUCGAAAAUACUUGUAGCCGGAAGCCAUGCAGAUAAUCUAGGAUAUCAGUGUGGCGGCUGGACUAUUGAAUGGCAAGGAAUCAGUGGCAAUGAUAUUCUCAAAGGGACUACAAUUCUCAAUGCUAUAAGAAACACUGUUGAUCCAGAGACCAUAGUGACCUACAAGGAGAAUCCUGAUGCCGAAUUUGUCAAGUCCAAUGGAUUUUCUUAUGCCAUAGUUGUAGUAGGAGAGCAUCCCUAUGCUGAAAUGCAUGGUGAUAACAAGAACUUGACCAUCCCGGACCCUGGCCCCGAGACCAUAACAAAUGUAUGUGGAGCCAUAAAAUGUGUGGUGGUUGUUAUUUCCGGCCGCCCUGUAGUUAUUGAACCAUAUCUUCAUAUAAUAGACGCUCUUGUGGCUGCUUGGCUUCCGGGAAGUGAAGGCCAGGGUGUAGCUGAUGUCCUAUAUGGCGACUACGGUUUCACCGGAAAGCUUCCAAGGACAUGGUUCAAAACUGUUGAUCAAUUACCAAUGAAUGUUGGAGAUCCUCAUUAUGAUCCCCUUUUCCCAUUUGGAUUUGGCCUUUCUACUGAAUCUAUUAAGGCCAUUUACUCAGCAUAGAAAUUUCAUUUCUCUGAGAUAACGUUAAGCAAAAGCAACUAUAGAUAGGAAGUGCAAUGCAGAGAAUCCAUUUACAUAGCAAGAGAGGUUCUUGAUCCCUUGUGAACCUUCAGAUUGUUAAAGUCGAGAAUAAAGAAAUGCUGUUUUAUUUGUAUAGCUCAGGUUAAGUCAUAUAGGUGUCGUUUGGCCUUGGAGCUUAUUUAUAUGCUCAUUUAUGGUCCCCAUGUACCAAUAGCUCUUCUCUUUUCUUCUUUCUUUCUUUCUCAUUUAUCUAUAGAUAAAGAAAUGUAUAAAUAGAUGCAGUGCAAGUAUAGAUAGUUAAUAUAAAAUGUCUGAAUAAAAUGUAAAUAAAAGAUUGAAGAACUGUUUGAAUUACUGUUUAA